GCGUGGCUGUGCGGGCUAAGUAUCGUCGCUUGCACAAGAAUCGAGCGCUGGGAGAGGCCUUAAAACCUCGGACCAUCCAUGUUCAGCUAGCGUCCUUACUUACAGCUCGAAAAGCCAUAACACCUCCACCCAGACAUGUUAUCAUCAUAAACACAAACCACAAAGCAAACUAAGCUCGAUACUCGCUUGCAGCAUCCAAGUAUAUAUCCACGAUGAGCAGCGCAGUGGCAUCCGCCGCCGGCGACGGCGACGGCGACAUCCACGUCCUGAUGUUCCCCUUCCUCGCCUUCGGCCACAUCAGCCCGUUCGUGCAGCUGGCGCGCAAGCUCGUGGCUAACGGGGUGCGGGUCACGCUGCUGUCGGCCGCGGCGAACGUGCCCCGCGUCGAGGCCAUGCUGGGCUUUUCGUCCGCGGCCGCGGUGGCCGUGGUGCCGCUGCAGCUCCCGCGCGUGGCGGGGCUCCCCGAGGGCGCCGAGAGCACCGCGGAGGUGUCCGCGGACGGCGCCGAGCUGCUCAAGAUCGCCCUCGACGGCACCAGGCCGCAGGUGGCAGCGCUGCUCGCGGAGCUCCGCCCGGACGCCGUGCUGUUCGACUUCGCCACGCCAUGGAUCACCGACAUCACCGCGCCUCUGGGCGUCAAGGCGCUCCACUUCUCCGUGUUCGCGGCCGUCGUCCGCGCGUACUUGAUGGUCCCAGCGCGCCGCGUUAACGGCUCCCUCCCGUCCACGGCCGACGAGCUCGCCUCAGGCCCCGCAGGCUUCCCGCCGUCUUCAGCUCUGCUGGGCACCGUGCCGCCCUACCAGGCCGCGGGCUUUAAAUACGUGUACACAGCCUUCCACGGCAUGCCGUGCGUGUACGACCGCGUCGUGGCCGGCAUCGAAGCCUGCGACGCGCUCGUGGUGAAGACGUGCGCCGAGAUGGAAGGCGCCUACAUCGACUACCUGGCCGCCCAGUUCGGCAAGCCGGUGCUCGUCACGGGCCUCGUGGUGCCGGAUCCACCGCAGGGGGAGCUCGAGGAACCAUGGGCGACCUGGCUCAGCACGUUCCCGGACAACGCCGCCGUGUUCGCCUCCUUCGGGAGCGAGACGUUCCUCCCGGCCGCCGCGGCCACGGAGCUCCUCCUCGGGCUAGAGGCCAGCAAGCGGCCGUUCCUCGCCGUGCUCAACUUCCCCAGGGGGGCGGAUGUAGAGGCGGAGCUGAGGAAAUGCGUGCCGCCGGGGUUCGAGGAGAGGGUGAAGGGGAGAGGCGCGGUGCACACGGGGUGGGUGCAGCAGCAGCACAUCCUGCGGCACGCCAGCGUGGGGUGCUUCGUCAACCAUGCCGGGCUGAGCUCCGUCGUGGAGGGGCUCGUGGCCGGAUGCCGGCUCGUGCUGCUGCCGAUGAAGGGCGACCAGUACCUGAACGCCGCGCUCGCCGCCAGGGAGCUCCGCGUCGGGGUGGAGGUCGCGCGGCGUGGCCUCGACGGGUGGUUCGGGGCCGAGGACGUGGCCGCGGCGGUGGCGGAGGCUGAGACGGACGUGGGGUGCGGGGAGGGGAAGAAGUGGGUCGAGUUCUUGAUGGACGCCGCCGUGCAGAAGAGGUUCGUUGAUGAUUUCAUUGCCGGUCUCAAAGAUCUUGUGAAAGCCUGACAAGACAGCAAGGAGCCUGGUCUUUUUACUGGGUCGGUCAAAUAAGUCUGGGCUCUUGUAAUAACUCUCAAUCCGAAGGGAACGAUUUCUCCCGUAUAAUUUGCGUUUUCUCAACGAUGCAUGUUUUUUGGAGUGUA